AUGGCAGUGGCUGCUGCCUUGGAUCUGGACACGAUGUAUGUUGUGAGCACCAGAUCGCGACAGAUUGUGAGAAACCUACCUUGCCCCGAAUGGGACGAGCUUCAACUGCGGCAGGUUGUUUGGCGCAGCAUUCCUUUGGCCAUCGUCACGUUCUUCUUGCAGGUCCACCAGAGUGUCGAGAUUCCGUGUUGUCAAAUGGCAGCUUCGCUGUCGGUCGCAGGAGCGGAGAUGUUCAACAGACCGAUUCAUUCGCGUGCACGUCGCUGCGACUGGUCAGAUGCACAUAACUGGCCAGGCCCGUGGAUGAACGGAACUACGCAUUUGAACCUGACCGGAGUGCUGGGCUCACAGUACACUUACCCGGAAAUUUACGGCGAGAAGGCAUUGACUGUUGUGCGGGAAUCCUCCAUACUUGAUGUAGAGAAGAGCAUGUGGAAGUCCUGCAACUGUGAAGCUUCAACAUGGAGCGUGCACACCGUCGGCUCCAGGGGUUCUCUUUACGGACGUGCUGAAGAUAUCCUACUUCCGUACCUCAACGUGAAGAUUGAGGAUGGAAAGAUGGGCUUCCCAGGCAGCGGCAAUCUCCUUGCGCUCAACUUCAUGCUUCAAGACCAGCUUCGAGCAGGUGUCGUCGGCGAUACGAAAAUUCAGACCGACGUCAUGAAGCUACUGCAGAAAAUUGGACGCAACAUGAGAAAGGAGGAGAAGAAGGGAAGCUUUUGGAAAGGCCACGCUGUCUCUGUCCUUGGAGGGAUGAAGGUGUCCUCCGACUGGUCGGGCACUGUCGGCAUGCUGUUUGACAAGGCCCGCGCGAAGGUACUCGACAGAAAGAAGAAUGGGUAUGACAAAGACCUGAGUUUGUGCCCGGCCUUCUCGGAGUACCGCUCAGUGCGCCAGACGAGACCUGGCAAGUGGCUAGAGUUGGUCGCGGCUUCGUGCCUGCUCCUCAACGCAGCGGUUCCCAUCGUGAAGCGGGUGGCCCGUGAGCGAAGCCUCACCACCAAGUCCAAUGUCUUUGUCGUUGCCAUUCACAUCAUCUUCGACUUGUUGCUCUACACGAGUGCGAUGUUGAUGGCGGCAGGAGGACUUAUGGUGCACCCCUUGGCUGUUGUGACGGAUGCAGGUCUUGACUUCUUCCUCCAGUCCGUGAAGGAGCUAUUGCAGAAGGCUUCGAAUGCGCAGACUUGGCCGGAGAUCUCGCGCCAAAUGAGUGCGCACUUGAAAUCUCCCGCCUGGCUGGACGGUGUUGAACAAGUCAGCAAACAAAUUUCUGAGAAGGUCGUUCCAGGGAUUGCGUUGGGCGGAGCUACAGUCUUGAAACUGCUUGCCGGCGUGGCAACAUUCUGGCUCCUGUCAGCUUUGCUGGCUCGUCAGACUGUGCCCAAGCAUCUCAAACUUUCGCUGCAUAGCAGCCUCUCCAUUGGCCCAUGUGGGCCAUUCAUCCUGUUUGCUCAACUCCCUGGAGAGAGCUUGGCGAAGCUCUCGGGUUUUGUGGAGCAACAGCUCGUGGUGAGAGAGCUUCUGCUGCUCUUGCUGCCGCUGCUGCCCUGGAUGUACAUGGAUGGAGGAGAUGUGCGAGUGGCCCUCGCCACCUUGCUGAGCCGCCUUAUCGAGCCCGUGGCCGUCUGCGCUGUUUGGGGUGUGGCGGUCUUUCUGCACGCAGUCUCAGGCUUUGCAGCCGUGGCGGCUGUGCGCAAGAGCCACAAGACGGCGCAACAGGCUCUUGUUGCCAGUGAGCAAAAGCCAGACAUCGAAAGGACACCCCAUUCUGCAGAUGAAGUGCAUCUUCAGCCCGAGCCGCUGGCGGAGAAGCGGCGCUUGUCGGUGACUGGGCCGUACGGUUCCUUCCUGGCGCCACCUCGGCCAGAUCUCCCAAACCGCAAGUCAAUCAGAAAGUCCCGGGUGUAG